GCACGCGCACACUCUCAGUCUGUGCCUCGCCGAGCUCCAGUCAACUUCCACGCCGCCGCUGCGUGGAGGAAGAAGAAGAAGAAAUAAGAAGAAGAAGGACAAGAAGGACCAGUCGGUCGCCAUCAAACUCCGCGCGGCAAAGAGCGACGCGGAGCCUCGGCGUGGAUCACUAGCGGCUCCUCCCCUCCACCUUCCACCUUCCACCGCCAGCUCCGGGGGCGUCACGCGUGGACUGAGGCCGGCCCGGGAAGGCGCUGCUCGGCGGGCAUGGCUUCACCUCCGUGCGGCCACGGCAACUUGGACUCCGGCCUGGAAAUAAAAACCCGCUCGGUGGAGCAGACUCUGAUCCCGCUGGUGACUCAGAUCACCACGCUCGUCAACCACAAGGACCGGCCUAAAAAGUCGGAGCGCACCCUAGUGGCCGUCCACCGCGUGGGCCAGGCGGUCAACGCGGCCGUCGGGCGCUUCGUGGCCGUCGGGGAAGCCAUCGCCGCCGAGAACCACGAGCUGAAAGAUGAGAUGGGACACGCCUGCUUCGAAGCCCGCAGAGCCGGGGACGCCAUCGCCCAGCUGACGGAGGUGGGGCCGGUGACGGUGUUCAGCGACCGCGCGGGCAUGGUGAAGGCCGCCCGCCUGCUGCUGUCCUCCGUCACCAAAGUCCUGGUGCUGGCCGACCGCAUCGUCAUCAAGCAGAUCGUCACCUCGCGCAACAAGGUCCUGGUGACCCUGGACCAGCUGGAGCGUGUCAGCACCUUCCAGGAGUUUGUGCAGAUCUUCAGCCAGUUUGGCAACGAGAUGGUGGAGUUUGCUCACCUGACCGGGGACAGACAGAACGACUUGAAGGACGAAAAGAAAAAAGCCAAGAUGGCAGCAGCUCGGGCCGUGUUGGAGAAAUGCACCAUGAUGCUCCUGACGGCCUCCAAGACCUGCCUGAGGCACCCGGACUGCGAGUCGGCCAGGAUCAACAAAGACGGCGUCUUCCAGAGGAUGCGCUGCGCCCUGGAGCAGGUCAUCGAGAUCGUGACGGAGGCGCGGGGCGGCGGGGAGAACAAGGUCCUCCCAGCCAGCGUCAGCAACGCCAUCAGGGACUACAAGGCCAGCGUGGAGUGUCUCCGGGACCACCUGUACGCCACGGCGCCAGACGGUGUGGAGUGUCUCCGGGACCACCUGUACGCCACGGCGCCAGACGGCGUGGGCCGGCGGCUGGAGGCGCUGGUGGAGCGCACGGAGGACUUCACCGACUCGGCCUACACGGGUCACGAGCAGCGCCAGGCCAUCCUGGGCAUGUGCCAGCUGGCCCGCCAGGACGCCCGCCAGCUGCUGCACGCCUGGACCCAAGCGCAGUCGGUCCAUGCCGGCGAGGCCACGGCCGACUUGGAGGUGGCCAUCGCCAAGUCCUGCCAGAGCGUCGGCGAGCUGGGACGCGAGCUCCACAAGGUGGCGGUGGGCCGCGCCUCCGACACGCUGAGGGUCCACGGCGAGCAUUCGCCGCUGCGCGCGCUCAAGGCAGCUGGCGGCGAGGGGAACCUGGAGGCGGUGGCGCAGCACUCUGGAACCCUGACCGAGCAGAAGGAGCAACUGGUGGAGAAUUGUCGGCUGCUGUGUCACGUGUCCGGCACAGAGCCGCUGGAGAUAACGUGCACGCACGCAGAGGAGACCUUCCACGUCAUCGGACCGCAGAUCAUCUCUGCCGCCCAAACUCUGGCGCUGCACCCGUCCAGCAAGAUCGCCAAAGAGAACCUGGAGGUGUUCUGCGAGGCGUGGGAGUCUCAGCUGGGCGACAUGACGCUGCUCGUCCGCGAGAUCACCGAGGUCUUCGAGGGCAAGCGAGGAGACAAACGACCAUAUUUGUCACUUCCUCGACCCGGGAAACACUCUGCCAACAUGAAGACCGCCAAGGCUGUCAAGUUGGACGCCGAGGAGCAGAGCAGCAUGGCCAAACUGGGCCUGGAGCUCCGCCUCCUGUCGUCGGACGUGGACGCGGAGGCGGAGAAGUGGGAGGAGCAAGAGCAGGAGGUGGUGCGCCACAGCCAGAGCCUGGCCAGCAUGGCCUACAACAUGCACCUGUUCACCAGAGGGGAGGGUCUGCUGAAGACCACGCUGGAUCUUUUCCACCAGGCUGAGGUGGUGUCAGAAGAAGGACUGCAGCUGACUUCUUCCCUGCAGCUUUUCUGCACGCAGCUGGUUGGAGAAGAGAAGUCAGCAGUGAUGUGUGAGCUGGACACCCUGGCAGCAAUGUGUCAACAACUGCAAACUGAGGUCAGGACUCCUGUGCAAGGAAAGACUGCCACCUUUCAGAAGGUGGACUCGUCCAUUCAGAAAACCAGAGCGGUGUUGUCCGUGGUAGCCAACCUCCUUCCUGUCUGCAACAAGCUCAACAGAAAGCACAAGUCCGAGAGAAGCAGUCUGGGUUCGCCACAGGACUGGCGAGAGCGCCGCGACGCCUCCACGCCCGUCCACGACAGCGACGACGACGACUUUGGCGUCAAAUCGUUCGAGCGGCACAUGGCCGGCCUCAACCUGCUGGAGAGCAACUAAGAUUCCAGCCUCCUCCCCUCUUAGUCUACCUCCUUUCAGGUCGCUUCUUGCCUGCAGUUCCAGGUCGCUCCACCAGGUGGUGACAAUCUGCCAAAAAACAACAACAAAAACAUCCCCGAGCCUGAGCGGUGGACUUAAAUGAUGCUUUUGUGUUUGUUGGCCUUGUCCAAAGUGUUGUGGCUCGCUUAGUGUCGUCGGUUUUUCUUUGUCCCUCUUGGCUUUACUCCGUUACACACUAUGUGCCGUACUAAUCACAGUUACUUGCCAAAUAUGAGCGUCCUUCCAAGGAUCUUUUAGCUCGCUAAAACCUGUUAUCAGUGAUGUAUUAGCGUUACUAAAUCGUGCCGAGUUGGUGAAGGUACUUAGGCAGAACGUGCGUGAAAGUUUCUGACUGGAUGUUGCCGCUAAGAAUGCUGGGUAAUGUAGUGACAGGCGGGACGGGAAAUCAUAGCUCUAGUUUUUGGACCCAUCUAUUCUUUUGACAAGAUGAUAUAAUAAAAAAAAAACUAGACAUGAAUCAAUAAACAAUAUUUUUUAUUAAA